CUAGUUGGUAGUCAUCUUUCGCUCACUUUCCCAGUCAUGGCCAUCGCUCUGGGCUGCCUCUUCCUGAUCACACUGGCCAGUGGAUCCCAGGCACAGUGGUCUUCUCAUCUGGUGCCGCCAACUAAUGGCCUUGGGCCGCAGAUUCCAGCAGCCACCUUGGCUCCUUCGCCCACCUUAUCCCAGGAUCUGGAUGAAAUCCAGCGUUUGAUCCAGUUCAAGCCCUUGAACCAGCUCUUGGUGCGCUACCUAAUCAACGAUGCCCAGUUCCAGGCCUUCGUGCGGAUCAUCAACAGCAAUGCCGCAUUCACCGCCCGUUGGCGCCUUCUCUCUCAGCCGGAACUCAUCAUCUUCCUGCAGUGGACGGACCAGCAGCUGUUGGCUUCGGGUGGUUCCUUCGAGUUGGAGGAGCAGAGGCUGAAGGUCAGCCUGCUGAACCAAUUCCCCUACUGGUCCGGCACAGUGUUCGGCUGGCAGGGAUUCCUCAACGAGGCGCAGCUCUACUUCCCGCUGUAUGCCAUUCGAGCACACAUCAAUGCCAAAGUGCUGCAGCAGGGCAUCUUCGCUCAGUUCUGGCAAAGAUUACAGGGUUUAAGGGGGAUGUAUGAACGCUGGUUGGCCUCCGUGGAAACUACCCAGGUGCUGGCUGAACUUCAGAAGGCCGGUAUCGAUACCGUCCAGUUGGAUGGCAUCAUCCGAGAGUUUUUCGGUUGGAAUGCUGUAAAUGGAACUGCGGAAUCCACUGCUGCUCCUGCAACUCCAGCUGCCCCCACCGUAAUUCCGGGUGUAGUGUUGCCUCCUGGAAACGCUCUUCCUGUGGUUGUCUAGUUUGCCAUAAUACAGUGAUGGGAGAGCUAUACAUUCUAAGGUAGGAUUUGAAAUAUAUAGUUCCUACUAGAUGUUAUAAAAGGUACACUUAUACCCGAAGAAUACAAAUAGUUGCAUAUUAUUCAUUAAACAAAAUUUGGGAUAAAAAAAUAUAUAUACCUAUAUA